AAUCACAAGAUCUCUGCGAAUGUAGUGUUUAAAAAAAAAAAAAAAAGGAUCUUUGCAAAUGUGAUAAGGUCUCUCUGUGUUCCCCCGUCUCAAUAACAAAAGCUAAAAUCUUGCACAAGGACGCCGAACCGGGAGAGAGAUGGCAUAUAAUCUCUGCUUUUCUCCAUCCUCUCUCUAUCAACCUCUCUGCAACUCUAUCUUGUCUUCUAGAGAUCCUAAACCAAGAUACUUCAACUUUUCUUCUGGACUUACCUCUUUCCAGCUUCAAUCAAGAACAUCUCUCCAAAUCACUCGUGUCUCUUUACAGGACCAAAUAGCACAAGAAGCUACACAAGAACAAGAUGCAAAUGUCCAAUACCCAGAUGGAAAAAGGAGAACUUACUCUUCAAAAUCCUACGCCUGGGUCAAUCCCAACAGCCCCAGAGCUUCACAGCUUAAGAAAAGAUCCUAUGAUACUAGGUAUUCUUCUCUUGUUAAAGUAGCUGAGGCUUUAGAUUCAAGUAACCCAAGUGAUGAAGAUGUUUGUAACAUUUUGAGUGGUUUAGGUGGUAGAAUAUUAGAGCAAGAUGCUGUGGUUAUCAUCAAUAACAUGUCCAACCCAGAAACUGCAUUGCUUGCUCUUAGGUAUUUUACAGAGAGACUAACUUUUGAUAGGGAGUCUAUUAUUUACAAUGUAACCAUAAAAGUAUUUAGGAAGUGCAAGGAUUUAGAUGGAGCUGAGAAACUGUUUGAGGAAAUGCUCCAAAGAGGGGUUAAGCCUGAUAAUGCCACUUUUUCAACUAUACUUAGCUGUGCUAGGAUGUCAAAUUUGCCUAACAAGGCUGUGGAAUGGUUCGAGAAAAUGCCGAGUUUUGGGCUUAGUCCUGAUGAUGUUACCUACUCAGCUAUGAUUGAUGCCUAUGGGCGGGCAGGUAAUGUUGAAAAAGCUUUGAGUUUGUAUGACCAUGCCAGAACAGAGAAAUGGCGUAUUGAUGCAGUGACAUUCUCGACUUUGAUUAAAAUUUAUGGGAUGUCUGGAAAUUUUGAUGGUUGCUUAAAUGUUUAUGAAGAAAUGAAGGCAGUAGGUGCGAAGCCCAAUAUGGUUACAUAUAACACUUUGUUAGACGCAAUGGGAAGAGCCAAGAGGCCUUGGCAGGCAAAGAAAAUAUACAAAGAAAUGAUUGGCAAUGGUUUUACCCCAACUUUUGGGACAUACGCAGCUCUUUUGCGUGCUUAUGGUCGAGCUCGAUAUGGUGAGGAUGCUCUUGUUGUGUACAGAGAGAUGAAGGAAAAGGGAAUUGGUUUGACUGAGGUUCUUUAUAAUACCCUAUUAGCCAUGUGUGCUGAUCUUGGCUAUGUCAAUGAAGCUAUUGAGAUUUUUGAGGAUAUGAGAAGUUCUGGGACAAAUCCUGAUAGUUGGACUUUCUCAUCUUUGAUUACCAUAUUUUCAUGUAGUGGAGAAGUAUAUAAGGCGGAGAAUAUGUUGAAUCAGAUGUUGGAAGCUGGUUUUGAGCCUAAUAUAUUUGUUUUGACAUCGCUUAUCCAGUGCUAUGGGAAAGCCCAACGUACUGAUGAUGUUGUGAGGACAUUGAACCGGCUCUUAGAAUUGGGCAUAACUCCUGAUGGGCGAUUUUGUGGUUGUCUUCUAAAUGUCAUGACUCAAACACCAAGGAAUGAACUUGGUAAACUUGCUGAAUGUAUUGAGAAAGCUAAUUCAAAGCUUGGUUUUGUGGUAAAACUUCUGAUAGCAGAGAAAGGCACUGAGGGAAAUUUUAAGAAGGAAGCUGCUGAACUUUUUGAUUGUAUUGGCUCUGAUGUAAGGAAGGCUUUCUGCAAUUGCUUAAUCGACCUUUGCGUCAACCUCGAUAUGUUGGAAAGAGCAUGUGAUUUACUAGACUUGGGAUUAACACUUGAAAUUUACACAGAUUUACAGUCUAAGUCAUCAAACCAGUGGUCUCUACAUCUAAAGAGUCUCUCUUCAGGUGCCGCUUUGACAGCCUUACAUGUUUGGAUAAAUGAAUUGUCCAAGGCAGUAGAAUCUGGAGAAAAUCUUCCACCAUUGCUUGGUAUCAAUACUGGGCAUGGAAAACACAAAUAUUCAGACAAAGGUUUGGCUGCAGUGUUCGAGUCGCAUUUGAAGGAACUAAAUGCUCCAUUUCAUGAAGCUCCUGAUAAGGUUGGUUGGUUCCUAACUACAAAAAUUGCAGCUGAGCCAUGGUUAGAAUCUAGAAAAUCAAAUGUAGGUGCUGUCUAGGUUGAUAUUCUCUUGUAGAUUUUGCAUUCCUAGAGUCCACACAUUGUAUGCUCUUUAUCUGUUGUUGGCCUCCUCUCUUGAUAGAGAACUUUUGCACUGUUACACUAUGAAACCAAUAUACAUGUUGGGAGUAUUAUAGAGUUGUUGCAUAAAAAAUAAAUAAAAAAUAAAAAUAAAAAAAACCUUGUUGGCCUCGUUUGUGCUCAGCACUUUUUAAUGUACAACAUUCUUUUAUAGUCUUUUUCUUA